UUUUUUCUCUCCCUCCCCCCCUCUCUAUUCCCUCCAUUAUCUUCCCGCCUCUCCGCUCCUUAAAGCCCGCCCCUUUCCCCCCCCUCUCUCAAACCCUAAUCUCUCUCUCUCUCUCUCUCUCGCCAUUAUCUUGACUUCCUUUGAUCUUCGACUUGUUCCGCCAUGAACCGCCGGAUCCGUAGGCCGUCGUCGAAGAACAGUGGUUUUACUUCAGCCGAAGCUUAUCUCCGCUACCUUAAGCCGGGAGCCCUUGCUCGUCUCCGGGACUCCAGAAUCAGCGCGCGGUCCCACCGGACAGACUCGCAUCUCCAGAUUUCGCUCUCCCGUGCGCCCGCCCCUUCCACGGCUCCUCAGAUCGACGGGUCGCCUUGCUUUUCCGUCAGGAUCUACGGUCCCCGCUGCCCUCAGCGGAAGAAGCUGAUUGCCGCUAAGUCUGUUUUCUUCAGUCCCGGGAGUCCGGUGUCCGACUCGCCUGAUUCAAUUGUUGAUGUGUUUAGUAAUGAUAUUCUUGUUGCACAUUGAAUGAGUAGGUUCCGAUCUGUGAAGCGGCUUGGUGUUUUCCUAAUGUAGAUUGGUUUCUAUCUGUAUGCGACGCCAAGUCUCGACUUCCUUUGCUGGAAUCAUGUGAAAAAAUAUGUUAGUUAGGACAGAAUAUGAUAAUAAAUGCUUCCAUUAUGGUUCGUUUAUA